UUCCCCUUUUUCGCAGUGUCACAGGCUCUGAAACUGAAAACACUUGGUCUCUCUCCCGAGCUGUUCAUCACUCUUCAGUCAGGUGGUUUCAUGGCUCUGAAUUGACAGUCCGGUGUCUGCUUUGUACGGUUUAUCUGCUUCCUCGGCUUUGUACAACUCUCGCAUGUCAGAGAGUGCUAGACUCUCAGCCCCGGCGGCUUCCCGUCAGGCCUCUCUGUUCACCGAGUGAGCUUCAGUCCUCACGCCGCGGUUGGGUGGGUCCAGCUCGGCCACAGAGGCGGCAUGGGCCCGGCGCAUGGUUAGCCCGAGCUCUUUGUGAGUCAAAGCCGCAGAGAGGGAUGAAUCACAUCGGCGUCGAACUGUUUAGCUCGGGUGUCACUGCCACCACGGUUUGGCUGUCAGAAUGAACGGCACUCAGCAGAGUGAUACCAAGAGACAACACCUCCUGGAGAGGCUGCUGGAUGCUGUCAAACAGUGCCAAAUUCGCUUUGGAGGAAGAAAAGAGAUUGCCACAGACUCGGACAGCAGGGUGAUCUGUCUGUGCGCCCAGUUUGAAGCGGUGCUGCAGCAUGGCCUAAGGAAGAGCAGAGGUCUGGCCCUCACUGCCGCUGCUCUCAAGCAGGCCGCAGGUUUCAGCAGCAAGACGGAAGCAGAGUUGACUUUCUGGUUUUACGUGAAGGAGCAUCUGAACCGCCAUGAGCUCCAGCGGUUCUACUCACUACGCCACAUUUCCUCAGAGCUGGGCCGGGGUCGUGCAUGGCUGCGUUGCGCCCUCAAUGAGCACUCGCUGGAGCGCUACCUGCACACACUGCUUGCUGACCGCCCACGCCUGGGAACUUACUAUGAAGACUGGGCUUUUAUUCUGGAUGAAGAGAGAGCAAGUAUGCUCCCCACCAUGGCUGCAGGCCUGAACUCCAUCCUGUUUGCCAUCAACAUCGACAACAAUGACCUGAACGGCGGCGUGACACGAGGAGGAGGAGGCUCGUCAGUUUCCAACCUCCUUAAGGAGUCCACGCAGGGCAUCGGCAGCCUGUGGAAGGAGUCGACUCAGGGGGUCAGCAGCCUGCUGCGAGAGAUCAGCACGGCCACGGCCGUGGUGCCGGGCUUCACCCCCAGAGGGGACGGAGCCUCAGACCCGCUACCUGUCCUUCCACGAAGCACCUCUGCUGACUCAGGGCUGAGGAAAGAGCGCCGAAGGAAAAAGAAGAUCACCAACAUUAUUUCCUUUGAUGAUGAUCUGGAUGGAGGGGCGGAAGAUGAGGAGGAGGGGGAGGACGAAUCCCAGAAGAUGGGCAUGAUGAGGAAGAGUCACACUGCUCCUACUCAGAGCAGUGUAGAGGAAGGGAUAGACCCUUUGGAGCCAGCCUUCUCCCAGUCACCGGCCCUCUCCCAGUCGCCAGCCCAGAACGGCGUUGUUGAGCCGGGCAUUGUCAGCUGGGUGGGAUCCCCCCAUCCCUCUCGUACACCUCCCACCGCUACACCUCCUUUGCCUGACAGUAAGAGCAUAGACAAUGAGGAGGAAGAGGAAGAGGAGGAGAUGUAUAAACCCAGAGCACAAACCCAGGAGGAGGAGAGGAUCAGCUCUGAUCAGGCGGUGGUGGGAAGUCUGUCCAGUGUGUCCACGUGGAGCCCUCUACAGGUGAUGACAAACCACAGCAGCUCAGACAUCCUCAUUCCUCUGAACCCUGCAGACCCUCAGCCAGUGAGCUCUGUGGAGGACACGGUUGUAUUUCCUGCGCACUGUGAGUCAACAGGACCGGUGGGAAACUGCGAGAGCAGCAGAUCGGAGCUAACAUUCAAUAUGGAGUCCAGUCCACCAACACAGUCUGCUCCACUCUCCAGUGUCCUGCCAACAUCUGGUCUACCAGAGUCCAUGACAGUGGUGGAGCUGCGUCAGGCCAUUGUAGCCAUGAUGAACAGAAAGGACGAGCUGGAGGAGCAAAACACGUCUCUUCGCUGUCUGCUGGAUGGGGAGAUGGAGCACUCGGCAGGCCUGAGGCAAGAAACUGAUCUGCUGAAGAAGAAGCUGGCAGAGCUGGAGGAGAGACACACGGCCAAGGUCCAGGCACUGGCCAGGGAGAAUGAGGUCCUGAAGGUCCAGUUGAAGAAGUAUGUGGGGGCGGUACAGAUGCUGAAGAGAGAGGGGAGCCAGGGCAAUGAUGCCCUGUCAGUGUUGCGGUCAAGCGAAGACCAGGCCCCCGUCCCGCAGAAUAAGUUCAUGGGUGACAUCGAAGAGCUGGCUGCCAGCUAUGAACGCAAGCUCAUCGAGGUGGCUGAGAUGCACGGCGAGUUGAUAGAGUUUAAUGAGCGCCUGUACCGUUCCCUAAUGGCCAAAGACCACCUCAUUGUCCAGAUGAGACAGGAACUCAUUGACCUGAGAGGACCGGUUCCAGGUGAUUUAAGCCAGACGUCAGACGACCCCAGCUUGUCAGACUUUGAGACGGCUCAUCGCGCACUCAUCAACGUGUGGAUCCCCUCUGUGUUCCUGCAGGGCAGAGCUGCCAACGCCUACCACGUCUAUCAGGUGUACAUCCGCAUCCUGGACAAUGAGUGGAAUGUGUACAGACGUUAUACAGAGUUCAGGGAGCUCCACAAUCACCUGAGAACCCAGUUUCCACAGGUGGACACCUUCAACUUCCCGCCCAAGAAAGCCAUAGGGAACAAGGAUGCCAAGUUUGUGGAGGAGAGAAGGAAGCAGCUGCAGGGCUACCUUCGCAUGGUGAUGAACAAACUGAUCCAGACGCUGCCAGAGUUCACAGCCCGCCCCACCAAAGAGACCCUACUGUCUCUUCUGCCUUUCUGUCAAGACACACCCCAGGCCAACGACAGCGGAGCUAAGACGCCCCGUUCCAGAACUUCUUCCCGUUUCCCCAGACUGGGCCGCAGCCGCAAUCAGGAGGCCAGACCAGAACCUCAGAGUGGAGACCUUUAACAGCAGAGCCUUUGGACUCAUAAUGUCCCACUGUAUAGGCAGAGGACAGCAAUGUUCCUGUGUCUCUGGACUAUGACACAUUGGCUCACAGUGUGAGGACAUCAAGGGCGCCUAACGGACCCACAAAGCCUUACAGAUAAAAAGCCUCAGUGCAGGAAGGGGCAAAGGAUGCGUUCACAUCGCAUGCCUAUCUAGGUGAAUAUGUAAAUGUUUCUGUGCAUUGCCUGGCUGAGUAAAGGAUAAAUGACUCCUCCAAGGCUGCCUGUCAGUGGACCCAAUCAUACAGCACCUCUUACCUCAAUGAGAGACCAAAAGACUCUCUGUAAACUGCACACGGACUAGCUAGGACUGCUUCCUCUUAUCUCAAACACAAAGAGAUGAUGGGGACAUGUUUUUUUUUCUUACUCUGCGCAGUUUUGUAGUGAAAGUGUAUCAUGGUCACAGUGCCUACAGUGUUUUGUAGCUGCUUUCCUGCUCUGGCUAAGGGGGAUGGGGGGUAUACAGAGAGGUGAAGAGGGUCAAUGUGUUCUCUUGGGGGACAGAACGUUGUUUCUCAGCUUAUUUGUCAGCAUUAUGGUGCCAUUACAUUUUAGACAAGGAUGAUUCUCUGGCGUGGACCACCAGGCAAUGGGCAUUCCUUUUUCUUACUUCUGUGAUAUUAUUGUUAUUACAGCUUACAGAUAAUCUGCAGAAAGUGCAACAACAUCUCUCAAUGUUGUCAGGGAGGCAGUAAUUAUCAAAAAUAGAUUUUAAAUUCUACUUAAUGAUCAUUAAAGGAUUAGGGUUAAACACCACUGAUAAAACCAAAAUCACUUAUGGACUGUAUGGAAAUUAUCGGGGUGGGGAGGUGGUUGAAAUAUAUUUCACUUUUUGAAAAAACAAAACUCUCUCUGGUGUAAUCAGUAUUUUCUUUGUACCCUAACCUUGACUUAAAAAAACAUAUAGUACUGAGCUGGCACAUUUCACCAUAAAUAACAAAAAGAGGCAAAGCAUAAAGAAUUUAAUAUAGAGUAAUCCAACCCAGACCUUAAUAUGUUAAUGGAAUACUUUCACAAAACACUGCAUAUUUUAAGCGGAAUUAGAAAUGUCCAAAUUUAUGGCACACAUAACAAAAUUCUGAAUUUUCCAGCCAGUCUGUAUUUUAGAAUAAGGAUAUACUAAAAACUAAAAAGAAUUUGUUAAACUACAGACUAAAGUACUAAAAAAUAAAUUAAUGGUGGGUAAAAAAAAAAAAAAAAUCUCACAUGCUAUCUUAUUAAAUUCACACCUCUCUCCCUUCUGGGGAAAAAAAAACAUACCCUCCUUCUCCUUUUCUCACCUCCACUCUAUCCCUAAUAAUUUUCUUACAGUCCCUUAUUGAAGAAGUACACGAAGAGGUAUGAAUUCUUGCUGUUUGCGCUCAAAGAUAUGUCUCUUCAUAUCCACACAUCUUAGAUCAAAUAUCCUGCUGAGAUGUAUCUAAUGAAUUUAUGUGACAGAGGUUUUUUUUAAUUAGAAAGGAAGGGAAAUACCAUUUAACCAUUAAAAUAGACGAGUAAUCUGUUUUUCGGUGGGUUUACCCUUCAGUACAUCACGUAAAUAAAGGUCUUCAUCAAAGGUCAACUGGCUGUGCUGACAAAUUCAGUGUUUAAAGAUUGUUUAACUAAUGUGUCUUAGCAGGAUUUAAUGCAGCGUUAUGUUGCAAAUGAAUGUUUUAACGAUGAUUAAACACUUGAAGAAAAGCUGCUUGUUAGAGUGCAAGGAGGGGGCUGCUGAGCAUCAAGUGUGUGUAAAACAGAAGCUCAUGCAUAUGUAUAGAUUACCCAAGAGUAGUCAGAGACUAUGUUCAAACGAGGAGUGAUUGUGUUAGAAGGUUUUGGAAAACUUGAAUCAAAGGGUCGCCUCGCAAAAUGGUAAACACUGUUCGCCGUCGAUGAAGGGAGGUGAACAAACAAGGCUUGUGGGUUUUAAUCAAGUUGUUAUUCGUACACAGAAAUGACC